AUGGCAGACAAGAGAUGGCCAAGGAUAUCGUGUCAGGAUUGGAUUUAUGACAAAACACAAGUGCCUUACCAGUCCAUUGCUACCCAGUACAAUUGGGUGUGCAAAAAUUAUCAUUUGGCUCCUUGGACAGUGACGAUUUACUUUUUAGGGUCUAUUGUAGGUGGACUCGUCUUUGGCUACGUAACGGAUCACUGGGGACGCAUUCCAGCCGUCAUGUUAAGCAAUUUUUGUGGUCUUGUUGGUGGCAUUAUGAGUGCGUUUUCUACAACUUUUUUAUGGUUUUCCAUUACCAGAUUUGUGGUGGGAUUGGCGUUCGACAACUGCUGUAUGCCUAUGUAUGUUCUAACUUGGUGGUGUAAUGACUGGCGGUUAUUGUCAAUUGUCACCUCCAUUCCCAUCGUAAUUUGCCUCUUGAUGUACUUUUUUUUGGAGGAAUCCGCCAGAUGGUUAAUAAGCGUCGGUAAAAUAGACAAAGCCAUGUCAAUUAUAAAAAAGAUUGCCAAAGUAAAUGCCAAAACCAUUUCCGAGGAAUUAAUCUUUACAUUCGAAAAAUGUUGUAAAAUAACUAACAACGAAGAACAAACAAACAAAGAUUAUACACUCAUGGAUUUGUUCAAAAGUUGUCGAAUGUGCCUUAUAACAUUGGAUUUAGUGAUUAUUUGGAUGAUCGUUGCAUUGGUAUAUGAUGCACAUGUUAGAGCCAUUAUCGAUAUAGGACCUGAUAUUUUUAUAACCUUUUCCGUUGCCAGUGCGGUGGAGUUGCCUGCUUGCCUAGUGCCAAUGUUUUUGUUGGAUUGUGUAGGACGCAAAUGCAUGUCCUUAGUCGUCUUCAUAGGAUGCUCAACAGGCAGUAUUAUUGCAGCAUUAUUGAAGAUAAAAUGGCAAAUUGCAUUGGCUGCCCUUUUUGGUCGAUUUUGCUCAGCAAUCACAUAUAACAUUGGAAUUCAAUGGGCUGCCGAAAUACUGCCUACAGUUGUACGCGGUCAAGGAUUAGCAUUCAUUCAUAUAAUGGGAUUUGUGGCCACACUUCUGUCUCCAUUUGUUGUGCACACCAAACAUUAUUCACCAUCGGCACCAAUGUUGAUUGUAGGCGCUCUUUCAAUUUGUGCAGCAGCAUUGGUCUUAUUUUUACCAGAAACAACAAGAACCGACCUACCACAAACACCAACGGAUACAGAGAAACUAUCAAAAGCUCAAAGAAUAUUCACAUUUGUAAGAAAAAUACAUGCAUGAAUUUGAAUU